AUGCUGAAGAUGCUCCGGACAGUUUCCAGCCAACACCUUUGGUGGUGCAGGCUUCAGCGGGGACUCUGCCUGAGUCAGCCAGUGCUGACCCCGCCGUGCUUUCAGCACAUGCACCUGCGAGUUGGAGACCGGGCUGAGCUCAGCAGGGCCUUCACACACAGGGAUGUGGCUGCCUUCUCACAGUUAACUGGGGAUGACAAUCCUUUGCAUUUAAAUGAAGAUUUUGCAAAGCAUACCAAGUUUGGAAAGCCAAUUGUACAUGGUGUUCUGAUCAACGGACUUAUCUCAGCUCUUCUGGGUACUAAAAUGCCAGGGCCAGGCUGUGUAUUUCUUUCUCAGGAAAUUAACUUCCCGGCCCCAUUAUAUAUUGGAGAAGUUGUUUUAGCUUCUGCAGAAGUGAAAAAGCUAAAGCGGUUUCUUGCUGUUAUUUCAGUGUCAUGUUCUGUAAUAGAGAGCAAAAAGACUGUUAUGGAAGGCUGGGUUAAAGUUAUGAUCCCAGAAGCUCCCAGAUCCUGAAGUGUGUGUCCAGAGUUGCAAGUUCAGAUGCCAGUGCUCUUGUUACUAAAAAGCAGCUGAGGAAAGGGGCUGCAGUGGCUCAUAGACUCAAAGCCCUGUUGGGGAAGAGGAGCAGCAGACCCAUGGCUGUUCCAGGGCCCACUGUCCAGUUUGACCUUACCCUUUAUCCAGACUUGAUUGUGUAGGAUUUUAUCAUCUGCCUAGGUUAUUGAAGUUGAAAAGUAUUGAGUUUAUCUGAAUUUAUCUAAAAGUUCUACUAUUAGAAUUUCAAACAUAGAUUUGCACUAGAGAAUACUACCUACAUCUGUGCAGAAUAAGUUUCUCAUAGAAUUUCAAACUCUCAAAUGUUUAAUAACUGGAGCUGGGUGCUGGUGGCUUAAGUUUGCUACUCAGGAGCCUGAGAUCUGAGGAUCCCUAUUCAAAGCCAGC